AGUGCCGUGCCAACCCACAUCAAAAGUCACUUAAUUACCUCGUUUUUUUCAAUCUAUCAAAACAGCUAAGUUUGCUUUCUCUUAUUUGACUUCAUUUCUGAUUCUGUCAUACAAAAUGGAUGGUAUUAAUUAUCUCCUUUCACUUGAUGAAACUAGAAAAAAGGUUUAUAAUGCCGAAAUCACUUGUGAAGUUAAUAAAAAUCGUUCAAUUUCAAAAGACAUUAAUAUCGGUGAUUCAACUAAUCCUGUAACUCGCGGAAAGUUAACCCUAGCAAGUGGCUAUAGAGCAUUGGUUAUUACUAUUACAAUGGAUCGUCCUAAGGACUUUGAAAAUCGUUUCAUUAAAUUUGAGGUUAGAGCAAAAUCUCAACCAGACUCUCAUGAAUACAUUUUUGAAAAAGAUUACUUUAAAUUUCAAAAUGCAAUAAACGAGUGGAAGCAAGGUUUUGCUCAUUUCGAUUCCAGCUAUUCAUCAUUGUUAAAAAUAGAAGCAAAGUUCACAGUUAUUGAGGAGAUACCGAGUCACAUUUAUGAGACUCCAGAAGAACUCCAGGUCAAAAAUGAAGCUCAAACUUUCCCACACUUUGCAGAAUUUUAUUUUUUGAAUGACGAGCUUUCAGACUUCUCAUUCACAGUAGGAGAAACAAAAUUUUCAGUUCAUAAAAUGAUUCUUUCAUAUCGCAGUCCUGUUUUCAAAAGAAUGUUUGCAGGAAAUUUUAAGGAAAGAACUUCAAGUUCUCAAGUAAUUUCUGAUGUCAGUGCUGAAGUUUUUGAUGAAAUGCUUCAUUUCAUGUACAAGUCGAAAAUUAGUAAUUUGGAGCAUGCGGAAGAUUUGCUUGCAGUUGCAGAUCGAUAUCAGAUUGAUGACCUGAAAGCAAUUAUUGAAAAUCAUUUGUUCCACAAACUUGAAGAUGAUAAUGCUCACCGAUUUUUUCAGUUGGCACAUCGUCACAAUUGCUGCAAUGAAUUUAAAAAAGAAUGUUUUGAAGUUUUAGAAAGACUUUUUAAUGACAUUAAUCAUAUAUUACCUGAAGAAUUUUUGAACCAACCAGAGAAGGUUCGGGAAAUCCUUGAUGCUAAAGCUAAUUUUGAGAAUCUACUCAAAAGACCAUCUACUGGUGAACAUUCUGUCGGUGACGUCCUUGUAACAGCACCAUUAAAAAAGAAAAGUCGAGCUUCUAAAUCAAAAAAUCAAAAAAAGAAGGAAACUUUUUCAAUUCACUCCAACUGAAAUUGUAUGAAUGGUGAGCAAAGCUUUUUUUGCAUUCAUGUCGCAAAAAAUAAAUCAAAUCCCCAAUGGUACAGAACAUAAAAAUGUUU